GGGUUUGGUAUGUCUGCUUUUUCAACUCUGCUUUCUCCCAUUUGAAGAUGAAUAGAUAGCAUCUUGGCUUUCUCCUCAAACGGAUAACGAAAAACUUAGCUUGGAUUCAAAGUGCCCUUUUAGAAAAUAUACUGAAUCACAGAAAAGAGGCCGAUCCUAAGAAAUCGUCUUUGUCUAAAAGAAGACGAUUUUAGAAUCUUCGUUUGGAAAAUAAGAAAAACUAAAUAUCAAGCAUUGUUUUCAUUGAAUGAUUCAUAGUGCGUUUUAGAUAACUUCAGUUUUGAAAAAUGCCAAAGUGGCCUGGAGUAAGAACAUCUACCAAGAUGGUGAAAAGAUAUUUUGAAAUGAUCUACCAUCCCAAUAAAGAAUACAAUACUAUUCCAGCCACUGACAUAAAAGUGAUGAAUUCAUCUGGAAAUGAACCAGUACCAGAAACAGAAGCAGGAGCCACCUCGCCCACCGUUAGUGUCACAAAUUCCGAAACCAUAGAAAAAAACAAGAAAUUCACGGUUUAUAAAGUAGUAGUCGAAGCUGCUGGCCAUAAAUGGUUUGUCUUUCGUCGGUAUAACGAAUUCAGCAAACUUUUAGAUAUACUGAAGCGUCAGUAUCCUAACAUUCCAUUAAAAUUACCUGGAAAGAAAUUGUUUGGUAAUAAUUUUAGCUCAGAUUUCAUCAAAAACAGACGGCAAGGGUUAAAUGAAUUUGUACAGAAGCUUGUCUCUGAGCCAUGUCUCUUACAGAGCGCUGAAGUAAGAGAAUUUUUAAAUGUUGAUAAAAAUCUAGUCCCGCUUUCUUCGGAUGAAGGACCUUUAGAAAAAGUUCAAGAUCUUGCCGAAGCAUUAUAUUCAGAAGAGAAAGGCUCUGAUGCUGAUAAAGAAGAAAAACCAGUAGAUCUAGGCCCAAAAGAAAAAAAGAAUGUGAAGCCCAGCGACUUUGAGUUUUUGAAAGUUAUUGGCAAAGGUAGUUUCGGACGUGUGUUAUUGGCUAAGCAUAAAACCGAAGGAAAUGUUUAUGCUGUAAAGGUUUUACAAAAGAAAAUGAUUUUGAAACGAAACGAAAAAAACCACGUGAUGAGUGAGAGGAACGUCUUACUGAAGAAUCUUCAUCAUCCUUUCCUCGUCGGUCUUCAUUAUGCGUUUCAAACACCUGACAAGCUUUAUUUCGUAUUGGAUUAUGUUAAUGGCGGAGAGCUAUUUUUUCACCUUCAACGCGAAAGAUAUUUUCCGGAACCAAGAGCACGCUUCUAUGCCGCUGAAAUUACCAGUGCUUUAGGCUAUCUUCAUUCAGAAGGCAUAAUCUACAGGGAUCUCAAACCAGAAAAUAUCCUUUUGGAUUAUAAGGGCCAUGUUGUAUUGACAGAUUUUGGUUUGAGUAAAGAAGGUCUUGCUGAAAAAGACACGACCACCACGUUUUGUGGGACACCUGAGUAUUUAGCCCCUGAAGUCUUAAGAAAACAAGCAUAUGAUAAGGCCGUUGAUUGGUGGUGUCUAGGAGCUGUAUUAUAUGAAAUGUUAUAUGGCUUGCCGCCAUUUUACAGCAAAGAUACUUUGGAGAUGUAUCAAAACAUUCUAAACAAGCCUCUGAGAUUGCGAACAAAUAUUUCCAUACCCGCUAGAAAUCUCUUAGAAGGGUUACUACAAAAAGAUAAAUCCAAAAGAUUAGGUGCUGCCAAUGAUGUGGAAGAUAUUAAAAAACAUGAUUUUUUCAAAGCUAUCAAUUGGGCGGAUUUAGAAGCAAAGGUCAUUCCACCUCCUUAUAAUCCCAAUGUGAGAGGACAAAUGGACUUGAAAAAUAUUGAUCCUGAAUUUAUUCGAGAGCCGGUUCCAGCUUCACUGUCCCGGUCACAAAGUUUAAGUGCAAGUGUUCAAGAUGCCGACGUUUCCUUUGUUGGAUUUUCGUAUGCUCCGCCAACAGAGCUUUGAAAGCAUUAAUGUUAUACAAUGUUUGCAUCUGCUAGGGAUUUGAAUUCUAAGAUUAUUUAAAGAAUUUGUUUCAUUGAGUGUGCAGAAAAUUGGAACAGAUGAUAAAAUUGUUACAUUUUGCCAAAGUAAUCAGCCUCUGAGGUUAAAGUUUUUAAGGAAUUGUUCUUAUUUAUAUUUGUAUUGUUGAACCGAGCAGUAUGGAUCUUAACUGUGUGCAAAACAAAUAUAAUGAAUUUUUUGAUAAUAAAUCUUUAUAUUGUUGCCAGUCUGCAAA